UCGCCGCUCCCGCUCCCGCUUCGCGCCGACAUCCGCCGCUCGCCCGGGGAACGCAGGCCGCGGACAGCGGAAGUUACCGCAAACCGUCCCGCCGCCAUGUCCGGAGGGAAACCGGUGCCACCCGGAAGAUCCGCCGGAGGUGUGUUCCAUCGGGGGGAAGGGAGGAGAGCGGGCGGGCGGACGGACGAGAAGAUGAAGCGGAGGUCGAACAGAAAUAAAAGUUAUCAGCAACAUUCAACUUCACCAGAACCUUCUAAGAAGUCUCACAAAGGUUCUUCCAUAAGAAAUGAAGGUGACCAGAUGGUAACACCGCGUCCUUCGAUAAGAAAUGCGAGAAAAAGAAAUGUUGAUCCUGGACCUGGUUCAGAAUCAUCAGAGCCUCAAAGGAAGUCUCGUAAAGAUGGAGCUGCAACUGAGAUAAAUCCUCAUAUUAGCACGGACCAUCAUCCUCCUAUUUCUGAGAGCCUGGAAUCACAAGAGCCAGAAAUGAUGGACUGUUCGGACGAUGUCAACCUUGAUACAGUGCCCCUUGCAGAUGGGAACGAGGCUGAAGAUGACAAAGAACUUGCGGCAUCACCUGAAGAUGAAGAUGAUGUUCACCAUCACUUGAACAAAAGGGAGCCCCAGGACUACACUGACGCAAAACGAAGUUCGCAGUUUAUUGGGCUGAAUGCUUCUGUUGAUUCUCACCAACACUCAAGCAACAGGGAGCCUUGGAGUUUCACUGACACAAAACAUAGUUCACCGUUUACUAGGCCAAAUGCUUCUGUUGGUGCUCACCAACGCUCAAGCUACAGGGAGCACUGGAGUUUCACUGAUACAAAAAAAAGUUCACAGUUAAUGAGGCCAAAUGCUUCUGUGGUUAUUCAUCAACACUUCAGCCCCAGGGAGCCCCAGAGUUACACUGACAGAAAGCAAGGUUCACAGUUUAUUGGGCCAAACGUUUCAGGGUCCAGGUUCCUUUUCUGGAAGCUUGCAAUUUCGCUAAUGGGACUGGUUGCAAUUUUGAGCAUCUUUGUAUAUUGCCAUUGGGCAUCUGAGCCCACUGCUCAUCAGCUGAUAAAAGAAAGAGAGGUUCACCUCCUCAACAACUGGAAAGAGAUCCAGAACAGGUUCCCAAAUCAGCAUCAGAAACUGUGGACACGUAGUAAGGUUUUGUUGAAGAAUCAUGCAACCACAGCAACACACACUCAGCCUGUGGUUCUCAUGUUUACUGCCGCUCAGGAUGCAAAGAAAACGUUGCAUUGUCUUGCACGUGGGAUCGCGGGAGCUUAUGCCUCAGUCUUCAACUCUAGUGUGGUAGAAAUUGAUGGAUCUGCAAAGAAGUUGAUGAACAGCGAUGAUGUGAAGUUAGACAUGGAUAACCAGCUAUCGUCUGAGUUUAAAGAAGGAAGAAAGGCAGCAGUUAUUCAUCACUUUCAGGAUCUGCCACCAGCUUCUUCCCUUCUGUUCUACAAAUACUGUGACCAUGAAAAUGCAGCUUUCAAGGACGUCCCUAUAUUGAUCACAGUGUCGCUGGACAUUUCAACAUUGAACCCGGAUUUGCCUCUUACCGCCGUAGAGGAAAUGGUGCACGACUUCCUCGAGAUGAAAUUCUGCUCUGAUCCCAAGGGUGCACAGAAUGGGAUGAAUGUAGACAAACUGAGUGGCCUAUGGAGCCGCAUUGCCCAUGUGGUGCUCCCAGUCAGGCCGGAGAAUGAAAUUGAAGCUAAGGGCUGUCCAUCGAUUUAAAGAAAUGUGCUGCAUUACAUUGCUAAAAAUGUCUGGUUAACUCAACUGUGGAGAAUAUUUUUUAAAUGUUAUCAUAGUAAGAAUCUAGAUCUGGUAUUUUCUAGGGUAGGUGGGGAAACGUUUUUAAAUAAUAUAUUUUGAAGUUCUGCCGAUAAGAGUUUGUAUUAUUAUUAUUUCUGGUUUUUCUGUGACCCCCUUUAGAAUAUUGUUUUCACUUCUCACCCCCACCUUCUUGCCCAGACAACUCGUACAAAGGAUGCAAUUUUAAAGGUGGCCUUUGAAAAGCAGUCCUUGCUGAACAAUGUGUUGCAUAAAAGGAGGAUUGCAACCUCUGGCUGGAUGGAUUCCUGGAGGUUUCAUUACUCCAGCCCUUUGCUCCAACUACCCCACCUCCAGCUAUUGAACUAUUAAAGUGUCUCUUGUUGCCAGUGGGAAAGUGAAUUUAUGCUUCCUUAGCUGAAUGUAUAAUUUUCAAUGAUCAGUCAAAGAUCCCUUUUCUUCAGAACUUCAAUAUCUUUAUAACAAAUAAAUAAGUGUUCAAAGAGAAUAUUUUUUAUAACCCUUUAGUUUUCCUUAUCUUUCACUCAAAGUGAUUAAUAACUCACUAGAGAUCAGUUAUUAAUCCAAAACAAUCAGAGCUGGUAACUCUGUGCACAGCACCACUGAUGUCCAUGCUGUAGUGGAGAAGUGCUCAGUGGAGCCCAAGAGUACUUUGGGAGUGGAGGGUUGAGUAAUCCAUCACCAUAUCACACCCAGCAGCAUCCUGGCCAGCACUGGUCAAGGAUGAGAAGCAAGCCUAUUUGUCUAACCCGUUGCCUGUACUAAUUCCAUGACCUACAGUGAAAUUGAGGAGGAGAUACCAGAGGAAGCUUGUACACAGGUAAAUAAUUGGUGGGUUUGCUCGACCCAAAUCCAAUUAUAAAUCCAAUUCAGUUAUUCCUGGUGCUGUCUUGCACAUUUGGAUACUGUCAUUGAUGCCCCUUCCACCAAAAACUGCAUCAACAUCUUCUCAGCAGGUCAGUGAUCCUUUUAUUCUGAAAUCUCUAACAAUGCUUCAAGUUGAAUUGUAUAUAAUUUUUUAUAUAAAGGAAAGAUGCUGGAGGAAGUCAGCAGGUCAGGCAGCAUCCGUGGAGAAAAGCAGAUGGUCAACGUCUCAGGUCCGGACCCUUCUUCAGGACUGAAGAUAGGAAGAGGGG